AUGGAUCUGCAGUGGAAAAGCUCCUUUCGAAAGCCGGAGGGGCCCCUUUCUUUGGACAAGUUCGCUGGGGCAGAUCUGGCAGCCGCAGACGAGAACGGCGUCACCCCGGCCUUGCUCGCCGCUGAGAAGGGCCACGCCGGCGUGCUGCGGCUGCUGCAGGAGGCUGGCGCGGACCUCGCCGCAGCGAAGAAGGACGGCAUCACGCCCGCCCAUCGGGCUGCGCAGAACGGUCACCUCGAGGCCCUGCGGCUUCUGCUGGAGGUUUGCUUUGCAAUGCUCUUCGAUGGAGGCCCACCCGGGCCCUCGGCUGGGGCAGAUCUGGGGGCCGCAGACGAGAACGGCGCCACCCCGGCCUUGCUCGCCGCCGAGUUCGGCCACGCCGGCGUGCUGCGGCUGCUGCAGGAGGCUGGCGCGGACCUCGCUGCAGCGAAGAAGGACGGAUGGACGCCCGCCCACUUUGCUGCGCAGUUCGGGCGCCUCGAGGCCCUGCGGCUUCUGCUGGAGGCUGGCGCUGAUCUGCAGGCGCGCUCGCAGCUGGGGGACACUCCCCUGACGCUGGCGGUGGCCGAAGGUCGCGCCGAAGCUGUUGGCUUCCUGCUGGAGGCCCGAGCGGAUGCCAACGCCUUGGGCGCCUGCGAUGCAGAGAACCCCCUCGACCUGGCGGAGCGCCGCGGCAACGAGGACCUGGCCUCCAUGCUGCGCGCGGCCGGGGCCCGGCCCAGCGGCAAGGUUCUGCGCCUCCGGGGGCUGAGCGCCCUGCGACCCCAGGACAUCCCCACAGAUGCAUCCACCUGGUUCACCAGCGGAGCCCGCGACCUGGCAAAGGACAAGGGAAAGCGCUACCACGAAGUGCUCCUUCGGGGGCGCUUCGAGGUCCCACAGGUGGGAUGGCUGAGUGCCCAGUUCCAGGAAGGUGAAUUCGACGGCAGAGACGAUGCAGAUGGCUGGGCCUUCGACGGCGAGCGCUGCCUGCAGUGGCAAGCUGGAAAGACGCAGAAGGCCGCCCUCGCACCGUGGAGAGCCGGCGACGUCCUCGGACUUGCCCUGGACUUCGACAGCGGCACAAUGCGCCUGUCGCAUCAGGGCAUUUGGCAUCCCGAGGAUGCCUACCAGAUGAAGUUUGAGGCCAACGGUCGCCGCUUGUACCCGGCUGUAUCGAUGCGUGGCUUCUUCUCCAUGGCCAUUUCCAAGAAGGAUUGGAAGCAUUCGCCACCGACAAAAGAGUAUCAGGCCUGGGGAGAAGGCACUUUCGACUGGGGCGUGACUGACAACUGA